GAGCCCGGGGCGCAGCAUCCUGGCGCGGGCCUGGCCGCCGCCGCCACUGCCGUCGGGGAAGGUUCCAGCGCGGACAUGGCCUUGCGUGGCGCUCUCCCGGGCCCGAGCCUCCCACGCGCGGCGCAGUAGCCCCGCGAAGAGGCUGCCUCGACGGUGCCCACGGCGCAGAAGGCCGAGUGGGCGGCAUGGAGGCGGCGCACCUGCUCCCGGCUGCGGACGUGCUGCGCCGCUUCUCGGUGACUGCCGAGGUGGGCCUGAGCCCCGCGCAGGUGACCGGCGCGCGGGAGCGCUAUGGCCCCAACGAACUCCCGACGGAGGAAGGCAAGUCCCUGUGGGAGCUGGUGCUGGAGCAGUUUGAGGACCUCCUGGUGCGAAUCCUGCUGCUGGCUGCCCUGGUCUCCUUUAUCCUGGCCUGGUUCGAGGAGGGUGAGGAGACCACGACAGCCUUUGUGGAGCCCCUGGUCAUCAUGCUGAUCCUUGUGGCCAAUGCAAUCGUGGGCGUGUGGCAGGAACGCAAUGCUGAGAGUGCCAUCGAGGCCCUGAAGGAGUAUGAGCCUGAGAUGGGCAAGGUGAUCCGCUCAGACCGCAAGGGUGUCCAGAGGAUCCAUGCCCGGGACAUCGUCCCUGGAGACAUUGUGGAAGUGGCAGUGGGAGACAAAGUCCCCGCCGACCUCCGCCUCAUCGAGAUCAAGUCCACCACACUGAGAGUGGACCAGUCCAUCCUGACAGGUGAAUCCAUGUCUGUGACCAAGCACACAGAUGCUAUCCCAGAUCCCAGAGCUGUCAACCAGGACAAGAAGAACAUGCUGUUUUCCGGUACCAACAUUGCGUCAGGCAAGGCAGUGGGUGUUACCGUGGCCACAGGCCUGCACACGGAGCUGGGUGAGAUCCGCAGCCAGAUGGCGGCAGUGGAGCCAGAGCGGACGCCGCUGCAGCACAGGCUGGAUGAGUUUGGGCGGCAGCUGUCGCAGGCCAUCUCUGUGAUCUGUGUGGCUGUGUGGGUCAUCAACAUUGGCCACUUUGCCGACCCGGCCCACGGGGGCUCCUGGCUCCGCGGUGCUGUCUACUACUUCAAGAUUGCUGUGGCCCUGGCUGUGGCCGCCAUCCCCGAGGGCCUCCCAGCUGUCAUCACUACAUGCCUGGCGCUGGGCACACGGCGCAUGGCACGCAAGAAUGCCAUCGUGCGGAGUCUGCCCUCUGUGGAGACCCUGGGCUGCACCUCAGUCAUCUGCUCCGACAAGACGGGCACACUUACCACCAAUCAGAUGUCAGUCUGCAGAAUGUUCGUGAUAGCUGAGGCUGAAGCGGGCUCCUGCCGGUUACACGAGUUCACCAUCUCAGGCACUACAUACGCCCCUGAAGGCGAAGUGCGGCAGGGGGAGCGGCGUGUGCGUUGCGGGCAGUUCGAUGGGCUGGUAGAGCUGGCGACCAUCUGUGCCCUGUGCAAUGACUCGGCGCUGGACUACAACGAGGCCAAGGGCGUGUAUGAGAAGGUGGGAGAGGCCACAGAGACAGCCCUGACUUGCCUGGUGGAGAAGAUGAAUGUAUUUGAUACCGACCUGCAGGCCCUGUCCCAGGUGGAACGAGCCGGCGCCUGCAAUGCGGUGAUCAAGCAGCUGAUGCAGAAGGAGUUCACCCUGGAAUUCUCCCGAGACCGGAAGUCAAUGUCAGUGUACUGCACGCCCACCCGCCCUGGCCCACUGGCCCAGGGCAGCAAGAUGUUUGUGAAGGGGGCUCCUGAGAGUGUGAUGGAGCGCUGCAGCUCAGUCCGAGUGGGCAGCCGCACAGUACCCCUGAGCACCACCUCCAGGGAGCAGAUCCUGGCCAGGAUCCGGGAUUGGGGUUCAGGCUUGGACACACUGCGCUGUCUGGCACUGGCCACCCGGGACACGCCCCCAAAGAAGGAGGACAUGCAGCUGGAUGACUGCAGCAAGUUUGCGCAGUUCGAGACAGACCUGACUUUCGUGGGCUGCGUGGGCAUGCUGGACCCUCCGAGGCCCGAGGUGGCUGCCUGCAUUGCCCGCUGCCACCAGGCAGGGAUCCGCGUGGUCAUGAUCACAGGGGACAACAAAGGCACAGCCGUGGCCAUCUGCCACCGGCUUGGCAUCUUUAAGGACACAGAGGAUGUGGCAGGCAAGGCCUACACAGGCCGAGAAUUCGAUGACCUCAGCUCCGAGCAGCAGCGCCAUGCCUGCCACACAGCCUGCUGUUUCGCGCGUGUGGAACCCGCACACAAGUCCCGAAUUGUGGAGUACCUGCAGUCCUUUAACGAGAUCACCGCCAUGACUGGAGAUGGGGUGAAUGAUGCCCCAGCCCUGAAGAAAGCAGAGAUUGGCAUUGCCAUGGGCUCCGGCACAGCUGUGGCCAAGUCGGCGGCAGAGAUGGUGCUGUCGGAUGACAAUUUUGCAUCCAUUGUGGCUGCAGUGGAGGAGGGCCGGGCCAUUUACAGCAACAUGAAGCAAUUCAUCCGCUACCUCAUCUCUUCCAAUGUCGGCGAGGUUGUUUGUAUCUUCCUCACGGCAAUUCUGGGCCUACCCGAAGCCCUGAUCCCUGUGCAGCUGCUCUGGGUGAACCUGGUGACAGAUGGUCUACCUGCCACAGCCCUGGGCUUCAACCCGCCUGACCUAGACAUCAUGGAGAAGCCACCCCGGAACCCUCAUGAGGCCCUCAUCAGUGGCUGGCUCCUCUUCCGAUAUCUGGCUAUUGGAGUGUAUGUAGGCCUGGCCACAGUGGCUGCCGCCACCUGGUGGUUCCUGUACGAUGCCGAGGGACCUCACAUCACCUUCUACCAGCUGAGGAACUUCCUGAAGUGCUCCCAGGACAAUCCACUCUUUGCUGACAUUGACUGUGAGGUCUUCGAGUCACGUUUCCCCACGACCAUGGCCUUGUCUGUGCUGGUGACCAUUGAAAUGUGCAACGCCCUCAACAGCGUCUCGGAGAACCAGUCGUUGCUGCGGAUGCCACCCUGGCUGAACCCCUGGCUGCUGGCGGCAGUGGCCAUGUCCAUGGCCCUGCACUUCCUCAUCUUGCUUGUCCCGCCCCUGCCUGUGAGUCACUGCCCUGCUCCACCCCCUCUCCAGCUCCAGGGCUGCCUGGGUCCCAAACAUCCUCUGACACUCCCUUGGCCAUGGAAGCCGCCUGCAGACCUUAUUUUCCAGGUGACCCCACUGAGUGGGCGCCAGUGGGUGGUGGUGCUCCAGAUAUCUCUGCCUGUCAUCCUGCUUGACGAGGCCCUCAAGUACCUGUCCCGGAACCACAUGCAUGAAGAAAAGAACAAGCAGUGAGUGUCAGCGGCGCAGUGGAGUCUGUGGUGUACACCUAAGCCUGAUGGUGCCCAAGCAUUCGCCCCCACUCCCCACCCUGCCACCACGCUCGCCUGCUUGCUCACUGGGCCCUGUCAAGGCGACAGCCAACCCCCUGACCAGGCCGGGGGCUCUCUCCCUGCUUCCCUCUGCCUGGGGGCUGUGUACUGCGUGUCUCUGGCACUCUCCCUGCGAGUUCCUCCCUGGAGCAGUGGCCCAGGAGCCAGCAGGGGCCUGCCCAGAGUCCAGAGCUGGCAGGAGAUGGAGAGAUGCCAAGCCCUCUGCCCUCAGACCCACAAGCAUUCUGGAGCCUGCUCCCCAUGCUCAGAAGCUGGGCAUUUAUGUACUGAUGGAGGGCGUCUGGAGGCUGCUCUCCCCAGCUCUGACCUCCCACUCAGUGCCUGGUCUGGAGCCUGGUCAGCUGGGGGUGGGAGAGGGGACAUCUGGGUCCAGCUGUGCACCGCGAGGAGGGCAGGCAGGCCCCCCGACUCUGCUCAGCUUCCACAAAGUUGGCUCCUGAGGGCCUGAGCCUCUUACGUGUGCUGGGGAUGGAGGGGUCAGAGAGCUGACCUGCCUCAGCUCGGCUCACCCCUGCGCCUAGGCUUCCCUGUCCUAGCCAAAUGACAUGCGCCGAGUCUUGGUGCUGUCUGCUCUGCCAAGCAGAGGCCAAUUUGCCCUCUGUGUCCCUGGUGCCUGAGACCCCAGAUGUCCUUGGGUUCCUGACCACCGUGCCCUUCCGGCCCAUCCCAGUGCGUGGUCAUCUCUCGGUCUGCACGGCUAGGUGAUUCUGAAUCCUCUGCACUUGGGGGCUUACUCUUCAUGCCUGAGCCCACAGACCCGUGAACCAAGGGGAUGUCCCUAAGAAUGGCUGACCACCCAAGGGCACGUCCUCUCCCUCUCUCCUUGCUGGAGGAAUGAGUCCAUGUGGAUCGUUUCAGAUGACAGGAAAAAGGAUUUGAUGGACAGAAAUGGUCUCUGAACUCAGGUUUUGCCCCUUUGGCAAAAAGUAGACACAGAAGAAAACAGUCAAUGACUGUGUUCUCGCACCUAGAAAGGGUACAAAGUGAUUGUUUUUUGUGGAAAUUAAAGACUCACAUCCCUGUCCUGGUCCCCAGAACCGAAAGCCCCCCUCCCUGCCUUGCAGACAAAUGGGCUCUAGGUUCUGUGGCCCCUUCCCGUCCCCCACCUCAAAGGUUCUGGGUGGGUCUCCCCUGCUGCCCCAGAGGGGCUCAGCUUCUUUCCUGCUCGGGGAGGGGGCAGGGCCCUGUCCCCACCUGCUGACAUGCAGUUUGAUAGAGAAAUAAAGGCCGAGUGCCCAGGGCGACAGAGGACUGUUAGCGUCUGUUUCCCUGGAGAGUGGUCCUGCCA